UCCACUGCCAAGUCAAGCACAUGUCCAUACUGGUUUCCCAGAAAACCAUCAGACUGGAGCAGUACCUCCGUGUCCCCCCUACAGUGACUGUGUCCCAGUCUUCACAUUCUUUGGACGUGGUGGCAGUUACCUGCCACGUGCAGAGAUUCUAUCCACAGAAUGUGCAUCUCAGCUGGUUGGAGAACUGCCAUAUGUUCAAGGGAGCUGUGCAGCCCUCGUCCAAGCAGAAUAGUGAUGGUACCUACACCUUGGAAAGCUUGCAUUUGGUGAAUGCCUCAGUGUGGGAGUCUGAACGUGUACUUACCUGUAAAGCGCAGCAUGAGACCCAGCCUCCCAUCCAGGCCAGCCUCAUACUGUCCACAGCAGUGCAGGACACAUACAAACUCAUUGGGAGCACAGGUCCAGAGAUGCCUGCCCUUAUCUUGAUGGCUUUCCUCCUGGGCUUCAAAGUGGUGCUGGUGAUCAGUUUCAUAGCCACCUAUUUCCACAGGUAGUGGAACCUGUAACAGGUCCUGCAUACUCUGUGAUACACUGCCUCCCUCCCUGUGCAAGGGGCUCAAGUGGAAAGAAGCUGUAAGGACUGGAGAUGACUCAAGAUUCCCCGCCCUUCACUCUGCUUUCCCCACCUCCGACAUGAACACACUCCCUUCCAUACAUCCUCUUAUGUUCCUUCUCUCUGACCUUUGGAAUUGAGUCAAGGAUGGACAUUGGUCACGUUGAUCCGGAAUGUCUGGACCCUGAUGCACUGAGCUUCAAAUUGGCCCUGCCUCCACCCCAAAGAGAAUCAAGUAGAUCAAGAAAACAGGUUUCCAUUGUGCCCCUGCUCAAGAACACUUAAUUUUCAGAGCACUUUUUACUUUUAUCCAGAGCUUUUGCAAGUGUGAUUUCAUUUUAACACACAUGUACUUUAAAUCACUAAGUUGAAUAAGAUUCUUCUAUUCUGAAAUUUAUAAUAUAAAAAUAUCUACAUAACUACCUACCAUGCUAUGUUUGCAGACUGUUAACAUUUUGCUAUUGUGAGCUGUUGUUCCUUUGAAAAUUACUGUACUAGAUUUGGUAUUCAUAAUCUCAAUCACGAUUUUAUAACUUUACAACAUAUGUAUAAAUCCUUAAGCAAUAUAUAAUAUUGCUUGCAUGUUUUAACUUUUAUAUAAAUGUUAUUAUACUGUAUACAGCCUACUGGAACUUUUUUUUUAUACUCAA